AUGCCCCUUGUGAAGGAUCUUCUGCACCUGCCCCUGGAAGAGAAAAGGAAGCACAAGAAGAAACACCUGGUGCAGAGCCCCAACUCCUACUUCAUCGACGUGAAGUGCCCAGGAUGCUACAAAAUCACCACCAUCUUCAGCCAUGUACAGACGGUAGUUCUGUGUGUCAGCUGCUCUACCAUCCUCUGCCAGCCCACGGGAGGAAAAUCAAGGCUUACAGAAGGAUGCUUCUUCAGGUGGAAGCAGCACUAA